UUCCCGGAGAAAGUCAGCGCAACCAAAGGCCCAUUGCGAGCUUCCGAGCGAAAGUACUUGGAAGUCCGAGUGGACAAAGCGAACGAGAUCCUGGGCAUGGACAACUUCCGGCUGCACCCUUUCUGCGUGAGUGCCUAUUACCCAGGAGAAGCCCAAGAGGUCAUUGAAGCGAGGAAAACUUCCUUUGUUCCUGGGAAAAAGAGUGCACCUGGGUCGCGCCGUGAGGAUUGUUUCUUUUUCGAAACGAUCCGGAUUCCGUUCAACCCAAGGCAGCAGCUGUUGCAUGUGGACAUCUUCGAAGUACAAGUGCCACUGCAGAUGGAGUUUGAAGAUGAGUGGGUUGGAAGGGCGACCCUGCAGCUGGCCGAUCCCAGAGUGGAAGAGCCAGCAGAAUAUGAACUGACCCGCGGCCCUUUUGAGUACGGGGGCACGGUGACGGUGAGUGUCAAAUUUCCGGAUCCGGAGGUUGAAGCUCACCCACUACCCGACGUACGAGACUUCCCAAAGCCAGUCUCCCCACGUGAAUAUGUCAACUCCAAAACGAUGGGCACAGAUGCAGGUGGGAUCGACAUGAGCCCAUGCGAUAUACCGCGCAAAGGGUCCGGGUCGAGCUCAAAUUCAACUGGCCAAGGCAAAUCGCCGCAGCCCGUUUGGGUGCCGGAGAUCAAGGGUCCUGGCGGCUCCGGCUUUGGCCUCGAUCCGAAGAUCGAUAACAUUUGGAAGUUCAACACAGGUCCUGCGAAAGGUGGGACAAUGAGCCCCCUGCCCAGUUUCCCUCCACAGUGGUUCACGGCAAAAUUGCCGCCGGGAACCCCUGCGCCUCGUCAGCUGCCGCCGUCGGCCUUCCAGCCUCCCCCAGUGCCACCCGGGCUGAUGGCCCAGAUUCCGGUGCUGGCGACGGUGCCGCCCGCGGUUGCCGCAAUGGUCGUCGAGGCCCUCCGGGCACCGCCUCUCACCACGGCCACGAUGCCGGCACCACCUGCGUCGGUGCUGCUUGCAGGGCCCUUGCCCUACUUGCCCUCAAUUGCUCCUCCGUACUGUGGAGGCGCUCCGAAUCUGUCGGGAUUUGUUGCCCCAACGGUGUUCCAUGCUCCGGCACGUGGCAGAAACAUGUGCUGUGUGGCCCACUGAGCAAGGAACGUUGACAUCCACAGCACCGAAAGGCACUCAAUGUGCGAUUCCCGACGAAAUGUGCUAAAUGUCCCGCCCACGGUAGAAACAUGUGCCGCACGUGGCCC